GUGGCACGAGCACAAGUUUGACUGGACAUAUUCCAAAACCUCACCCCUGAAACAUUACGGAAACCACCAGACAAGGGGAGUCAAAUCUGUCCUUUUCUUAUAAUCCAUCAUAUUUUUAUUAUAUUUUGCAGUGUGUUUGAAAUGUUAAUAGAUUAUAUUUGUAUGUAGCUAGAGAUUCAGAAAGUAGUACAUGUCAAACAAUAAUGGUGAUAUUUGUGCACAUCUGAUCAUAUUUUACAUUCACUCCAGUGAAAGGUGAAUCACGUAAAUCAAUUAACGUGUAUCUGUGAGAGCCUACUUUUAAGGAUCAAAUAAAUGCUUGAUAAAUCAGUUUUGCGUUGGCUAUUCUGUCAUCAGCUUUGGGUUGGGUAUUCUGUCAUUCGUUCUUUAAGUUACUAGAUCUUGUUUUUCCACUGAUAAACAGUGUCUAUUACAUGAGGGGUUAAUUAGCACCAUUGAAGCCUUUGUGUACCGAACAAAAAGGUCAUUCACCCGGCUGACAAAGAAAAACAACUACCUUUUGUAGUUUGGCAGCCGUGCUGUCUUUUCAAAAAGGCUGACAUCUAAAGUUAAUUGAUCAACAUAUCAAUGUCUCUAUUCCUAGAGGGUAUAAAAAUGGCCAUGGUUCGCCUAGUCAGUGUUGCAGUGUGACCAAAUUUAGCCAACACAAUGGGAAAGAUAAUCUUCUACGAGGAAAAGAACUUCCAGGGUCGCUCCUAUGAGUGCCCCGUCGACUGUGCCGACCUGCACACCCAUUUCAGCCGCUGUAACUCCAUCCAAGUGGAGAGCGGUAGCUGGAUGGUCUAUGAGCGCCCAAACUACAUGGGCUACCAGUACUUCCUGAGAAGGGGAGAGUAUCCCGACUACCAGCGCUGGAUGGGCUUUAAUGAUUGUGUAAAGUCCUGCCGCAUGAUCCCUCAAAAUCAGGGAGCUCACAAGAUGAGAAUCUACGAGCGCUCUGACUUUGGCGGUCAGAUGUUGGAGUUUGCCGAUGACCUCCCCUCCCUCUAUGAUCGAUUCCAGUACAAUGAUAUCCACUCCUGCAAUGUUAUGGAGGGGUAUUGGCUCUUCUAUGAGCAUCCCAACUACAGAGGCAGGCAGUACCUCCUGAGACCUGGCGAGUACAGGAGAUACAGUGACUGGGGAGCCAUCAAUUCAAGGAUUGGUUCAAUCAGACGUGCUGUUGCUCACCCAAACUGACAGGCAAUACAUCAUCAACAUGAAACUGAGCCUAACAUUUAAAUUAAAUAAAGUUAGGUCCACCUGCAA